CACCGAUCCAACAACUUCAUCAAAGUUCGCCAGCCGGAAAGUGCCACCAUGCCCGUCAAAGGGGGGAUCAAGUGCAUCAAAUACCUUCUGUUUGCCUUCAACUUCAUCUUCUGGCUCGCUGGAACGGCAGUCCUGGGAAUCGGGUUAUGGCUUCGGUUCGACCCCCAAACAAAAGCUAUGUUCGAGGCUGACCAGAAUACUGGCGCAUUCUAUACUGGUGUCUACAUUUUGAUUGGUGCCGGUGCUCUUAUGAUGUUGGUUGGAUUUCUGGGAUGCUGUGGUGCAAUUCAGGAAUCGGAAUGCAUGCUGGGAUUGUUUUUCGCGUUCCUCCUGGUUAUCUUUGCUGUUGAAAUUGCAGCAGGCAUCUGGGGAUUCACAAAUAAGGACAAGGUCGUUGACGAACUAAAGACAUUUUACAAGGAUACGUAUACAAAGUACAUGAAAAGCAAUGACAAUGCCUUAAAGGACACCCUAAAAGCAAUACAUUUGGCUUUGAAUUGUUGUGGAAUGACAGGAGUACUUGAGGCAACCGUAACGGACAUAUGCCCUAAUAAUCAAGGAAUAGUCGGUGCCCUCUCCGCACAGUCAUGUCCAGCUGCCAUAGAGGAUGUUUUCACCACCAAGUUCCAUAUAGUCGGAGCAGUAGGAAUUGGAAUUGCUGUGAUCAUGAUUUUCGGAAUGAUCUUCAGCAUGGUGCUGUGCUGCGCCAUCCGGAACAACAGAGAGAUGGUAUAAUCAAAACCCAAGCGGAAAGAUCCUUUCAGAGGAGGGAUUGUACCAAGAAUUUUAGUGUUCUGAAAACAUUUUUCUAAAAAACAAAAAAAAUAAAAUAAAAUUGUCGUCCUGCGUUUUUGCUCAUUUUAAUGCAACUUUUUUUUUUUUUUUUUUAAAGAAAAAAAGCUUUUGUCAGUAUGUCAGAUAUAUAAACCAAUGAUACAAUGGUACAUGAUUUGUUGAUAGGUUCAAAGCAUAUAUAUAUAUUGUAUAACUACAGGAGUGUAUUCAGAUUUUUGUCUUUCACUUUCUUUUUAAUAGUAAUCAAGAUAUAACUUAUGUUGAACAUAAUUUGGUACAUAUUAAAACAAUAAAGUUAUAUACAGUUAA